AUGGCAAUGCUUUCGCAGCUACGUGAGGCCCUCGGCCGCAAGCAGGCCCCCGUCGACGAUGCUCCCAUGACCAUCACCACGGCGCCGGAUGCCGCCAACAACAACGACGACAAGGAACUGGGUGAGAUCCCGCCCGAUGACGAGAAGCCGGGCGAGGAGCAGAGGGUCAGCCAGGAGGUUCAACAUGGUGUCAAGUUGGCGCAGGCUUUGACUUUGACGUGGGGCAAGAACUCGCUGAUUGCCAUCUUCAUCUUCAUGUGGUUUCUGUACCUCACAAACGGGUUCCAGAGUUCCGUGCUGUACAGCUUGACGCCGUAUGCGGCCAGCGACUUUGAGUCGCACUCGCUGCUCCCUGUCAUCGACAUUGUGUCCAGCGCCAUGACGGCUUCGGUGUACAUCCCGCUGGCCAAGAUUCUGGAUCUCUGGGGUCGUGCGGAGGGGUUCUUGCUCAUGGUGCUCUUCGCGACGCUGGGCAUGAUUAUGUUGGCCGCCAGCCAGAACCUCGCCACGUAUUGUGCCGCUACGGUCUUUUGGCAAGUUGGCUGGUCCGGUCUGACCUACAGCAUCGACGUAAUCACGGCGGACUCGACCCACGUCAAAAAUCGAGGACUGGCGUUCGCCUUCACCUCUUCGCCCUACAUCAUCACGGCGUUUGCCGGUCCCAAGGCCGCUGAGGGCUUCCUCAACAACGUCAGCUGGCGUUGGGGCUUUGGAUGCUUCUCCAUCGUUCUGCCUGUCGUCGCUGUGCCCAUGUACAGCAUUCUGAAGUGGAACAUCCACAAGGCCAAGAAGCGCGGCACUCUGGUGCGCGAGCCUAGCGGCCGUAGCUUUGUUCAGAAUGUCUGGUGGGGUCUGAUCGAAUUUGAUGGUAUGUUCUUUCUCUCCCCUCAAAUGGGUUUUCUUCGCCACUGCUCAAGACUUGAGGGAUUGCUGACCGUCUUUACUAAAGUCCUGGGAAUCGUCCUCUUCGCCUGCGGCCUCGUCACCUUUCUGCUCCCCUUCUCCCUCGCGAGCACCGCCCCAGACGGCUGGAAAUCAGCCUACAUCAUCGCCAUGAUCGUCACCGGCUUCGUCGUGCUCGCCUUGUUCCUCCUCAAUGAGCUUUCCCUCGCGCCCAAGCCCUUCCUCAAGUUCGAGUUCUUCUCCGACAGAACCGUCAUUGGCGUCUGCGUCCUCGACAUUACGUACCAGGUCGCCUACUACUGCUGGAACAGCUACUUCACCUCCUUUUUGCAGGUCGUCAACGACCUUUCCGUGUCCAACGCGGGCUACGUCGGCAACACUUUUGACGUCGUCUCGGGCGUGCUCCUCUUCAUCGUCGGCUUCUCCAUCGCCAAGACGGGCCGCUUCCGCUGGCUCCUGAUGGUCGGCGUGCCGCUGUACACGUUCGGCCAGGGUCUCAUGAUUUACUUCCGCCAGCCGGGCCAGAGCGUAGGGUACUUGGUCAUGUGCCAGAUCUUCACGUCGAUUGGCGGCAGCGUAUUUAUCCUGUGCAUGCAGGUUGCCAUCCUCGCGGCCGUGGACCACCAGCACGUCGCUGCCGCGCUCGCGCUCCUGAGCGUCUGUGGUAAUAUUGGCGGCUCUGUGGGAAACACGAUCUCUGCGGCCAUCUGGACCAACACAUUUGAAAAGGCUCUGGAGCGAAACCUACCCGAGUCUGCGCUGGAGAGUCUGGCGGAUAUCUACGCGGAUCUCGAUACGCAGCUGAGCUAUCCUGUGGGCAGUGAUGAGCGACUUGCAAUUCAGAACGCGUACGGGUAUGCACAGACGCGGAUGCUUGCUGCUGGAACCUCGGUGAUGGUAUUUGGCUUCAUUGCUAUUUUCAUGAUCAAGAACUACAACUUGAAGGAGAUGAAGCAGACUAAGGGUCUCGUAUUCUAA